CACCAGUAAUUUAUCAUGUUUAUUGUACAAUUUGUAUAUUUUCAGUUGGCUUUGAUACAGACAAACACAAUAAUAGACAAGCUGAAGGAGCUGAAACCAGAUCAUGAUUUUGAAAUAAUUACCAUGGCAACUACUGGUGACAAGAUUUUGGAUUCUGCUUUGUCAAAGAUUGGAGCAAAAGAUCUGUUCACAAGAGAGCUAGAGUUGGCAUUGGAAAAAGGGGAGGUUGAUUUCGUUGUCCAUUCUCUGAAAGAUCUACCUACAAGAAUUGCAGAAAACUUAGUUAUUGGUUGUGUAUAUAAGCGGGACAGUGAAUUUGAUGCCGUAGUAAUGCACCCAAAACACAAAGGAAAGAAACUAGCGGAUCUUCCUGAUAGCAGUGUUAUUGGAACAAGUUCUCUGAGAAGAGCUGCACAACUCCAGCGAAAAUUUCCAACCUUCAAAUUCGAAAGCAUUCGAGGAAAUCUGAACACUAGAUUCAAGAAGUUAGAUGAUGACACUAAAUAUGACGCAAUAGUGCUGGCAGAGGCAGGUCUUCGUAGAAUGGGAUGGGAUGACAGGGUAGCACAGGUGUUGGAUCCGUCAGAGUGUAUGUAUGCUGUGAGUCAAGGUGCGAUGGCCGUGGAAUGCCGGACAGGUGAUGAGAAAACACUGUCCUUAUUAUCUGCCAUUCAUGACCAGGACACUGCUGUCAGUUGUAUAGCAGAACGUGCCUUCUUAAAACAGCUUGAAGGCGGCUGUAGUGUUCCUGUUUGUGUUCAUUCAACUCUUACAGACUCACAGAUUACCUUGAAAGGUGGAGUGUUCAGUAUAGAUGGUACCAAGUGUGUGAUUGAUUCCAUAACCAGAGACCUUCCAGGGGAACCAGCUAAGAAAAAGCAAGCUACAAAUGGCAUCACCUUCUCAUCAAUCGUACAUGGUGAUAUUGACCUGUCACUGUGUGAGACAGCAGAGGUUGUUGGGAUUGACCUUGCCAACCGUCUCCUAGCAACAGAAGCAGCAACUAUACUCAAAGAAGCAAAAGAGCAGACGGCAAAGGCUGUUAUAGAGGAACAGGCAAGAAAAGAAAGAGAGGCAGCACAAAAGCAAAAAUAAAGGAGACUUGUGCCAUAAUGAAAUUUAGCCAAUCAAAAUUACCAUAUUCUAGGUUAUGAAAUUUAGUUUAGAGUCUUGUUUGAAAAUCUGAUUGGUUGUUUCUGAGUUUGAAAUUUGCCAGUGGCACUGAUGCGUUCUGUCAGGAUUCUAAACUUUAAGUCUUAGUUUUAUUAUGCACCCUUUGAAGAAGAGGGCUUUAUUGUUUUGCUCGUUGUUGGUCAGUCUGUUGACCAUUUGGUUUCCAGUCAUUAACUAGAGAAUGCAUGGUCUAAGAAUGGUCAAAGUCAUACGAUGAUUGCCUGUGGUCAAUAGAUGAUGCCUACAGUUUUAAGGGUCAGUAGGCCAACGGUCAAGGCAACAGUGACCUUGAGAUGGAAAAUGGUUUCCACUCAGUAACUGAAGAACGCUUUAAGUUUCAGUCUUCAAACUUCAUAGGAUUAUUGCCUGUAGUCAGUAUAUGGCCCUUAUUUUUUUGGGGUUUAUAAGUUUAAAGGUCAAGUUCACUGUAACCUUGAGACUGAAAACAGUUUCUGCUCACAACAACUAAAGAAUGCUCUGAUCUAUAAAGUUGUUAAACUUCAUAGGAUUUUUGCUUGAGGUCAGUAGAUGAACAAAAUUAUUUUGGGGAUACUGACCUUGACACUGAAAAUGGUCUCUGCUCAUUAAUUAAAGAAUAUUUUGGUUGACAGAUGUAAAAGUUUCAUAGGAUUAUUGCCUGUGGUCAGUGAAUGACCUUGUAGAGGAUUCAGUAGGUCAAAGAUCAAGGUCCCAGUAUACAAAACUACAUAAUAUCCACCUUCUUCUUAAUGGCCAUCAUGAGGGGCAGGUGUGUUUUACAGACAGCUUCUGUUGCCUUAGAUUCAAAUGACACUAAAGUUGAUAUCACAGAGAUUGUAAUAUAUUUAUGAUAUUUAAGAUCUUAACCUCAGUAGAAAUAAAAAUCUGUAGUUUAUUUAGCCAGUAUAUAAAACAUGACAUGCUAAGACAUGAUCAGAGGGCUGAAAUACAGAUCAUUAAACUUCAUUUAUAAAACAUUCCACAAACCAGCCAAAAGCGCAUUAUUUCAUAGUUUGUCCCGUAUAAAUGAUCUUGUCAAUAAUUAAAUAUGAAAGUUACAUUUCUUUCCAAUACAGCUUUAUUUUUGUACUUCACUUGAACUUUGUGUGGUUGUGGUGCUGACCUUCAACUUUAUGUAAAUAUGCUUAUUAUAGUUAUUGAGUAAAUUGUAUAUAUUUAUUCAUUCUGUUUAGAAGAAUAUAAAUUUCUAGACAGUGCUUAUAGCUCCAUGAGGCUUUCAAUUUUAUGUUGAAACAAAUAAAACAACUAUCCAAAUAGAUGACAUACAUGAGCCGUGCCAUGAGAAAACCAACAUAGUGGGUUUGCGACCAGCAUGGAUCCAGACCAGCCUGGGCAUCCGCGCAGUCUGGUCAGGAUCCAUGCUGUUCGCUAACAGUUUCUCCAAUUCCAGUAGGCUUUAAAAGCGAACAGCAUGGAGCCUGACCAGACUGCGCGGAUGCGCAGGCUGGUCUGGAUCCAUGCUGGUCGCAAACCCUCUAUGUUGGUUUUCUCAUGGCACGGCUCAGUUGUAUAACUGUUAACAUUGUUAUAUUUAAUUACAUAGUUAGAAAAUCAAUGCUUUCAAUACUACACAUGUAAUUAUACUGUUAGAUCCAUAAAGGGAGGUAAUUGUAAACAGUGCAUUCAACAGUAUUUUCUACCAUGUCAGUCAAUAUUCAAACCUUUGGCAAAUACAUGAGAAAACAAUCAUUGAAAAUAUGAUUGAACAAGAAAUAGACAUUUGAUGUUUAUAACAAAAAUGUGUCAGCAAUGUUAUUAAAAAGGCAUUAUGAGCCUUUAAACCCCAGCUAUAGUUUGCAGUUUGUAAGACAAGUAUGAAUUGUAUACCUUUUUACCCUAUUUUUAUCUGAGGUACAUGGCAUUGCUUGAGUAAAGAAAGUUGAUAGGUAACUUAUUAUUGAUCAGUCUUUGGAGUUUUCUUGUUGGUUUUGAGUGUUCAGUCAUUUUCUCAGAAUGUUAAAGUAAAUGGCAUAUGAUGAAAAUGAUGGCAAAAUAUUUCUGAAAGUUUAUGUUUUAUAUUGAAACUUUUUGUAUAUUUUAUGAUAAAUUGUUGUUUUUUAUGCAUUUUAAAGCCAGAUUUUUCAAGAAUUUUGAUUAUUUACUUUUAAGAUGAAACUGUGUAUUUCCCAAUAUUUUAUGCCAAAUACAGUGAAACCACAGCAGAAUCAAAGUUCUUUAAAUUUCUUAUAGUUUAGAGGGAUUUUGAAUAGAUAUACAAAACAAGUUGGCAUUAAUUAUAGAGUAAGGAAACUGUGAUAUCUGGAUAAUUCAGCAGGCUAGGUUUUCUGACAGUCAAAUCUUUUAUGUGCAUAAGUUGCUCAGUUUUCAGUUUAUAAGUAAACUUCUGCAUUUAUAUCAAGUUUUCUGACAUAAAUGAACUGGUUUGAACAUGUACCGGUAGUUUUUGGCAGCUUUUUGCAUUGGCAUUGAAGGGGUGGGGGGGGAAAUAGUGCCAGAAGUUUAGGUAGGUUUAAAGAGGUAGCAAAUGUUGAUGGGUUCUGAUGUACCACACUGCAUUUAUGAUAAAUGAUGUAUAAUUUAUAAUGUAAUAUAAGUUGGUGUGCUCGAUUGUAUGCACCACUUUGCCUUGUUUGUUACACAGUGGACUGUCCAGAACAUGUGACCAGUGCACCACUACAGACUUGAGAAUAAAGCCCAUAUAUAUCCUGUACUGAACACAAAAUACAGAGGUUUUAGGCUGCAGCUUUUACAUACAAUUUGUUUCUCAGUCUUUAUUUAUUACUUUAGUACAAACAGUAAUGUUUGUAACUGCAAAAUUAUUCAGUUAAGGCUUUCCAGAACUAAAAUGACAGUGCAGUCCUUCCCAGAAUGCUCUGUGAGGUUUGGAUGGAACUAUUUAGCAUGUCCCGCAGGUGUACCGAAUUGGUGCAUGUGCAACUCUGAUGACUACCGUAAAGCGUUUGAAUUGGAAAUAAAAAGUGGGAAUAAGUGUAACAGAGCAAUUUAGCAUGUACAGUCAAGUCUGCCUAAUUUUAAAAUGUAAAAUUGCAUUUUGUAUUUAUGAGAAGUACAGCAAGUGUUUUUAUGCCCCCGAAGGGAGGCAUAUAGUUUUUGAACCGUCUGUCUGUCUGUCGGUCUGUCGGUCUGUCCGCAAUUUUCGUGUCCGGUCCAUAUCUUUGUCAUCGAUGGAUGGAUUUUCAAAUAACUUGGCAUGAAUGUGUACCACAGUAAGACGAUGUGCAGUGCGCAAGACCCAGGUCCGUAGCUCAAAGGUCAAGAUCACACUUAGACGUUAAAGGAUAGUGCAUUGAUGGGCGUGUCCGGUCGAUAUCUUUGACAUCGAUGGAUGGAUUUUCAAAUAACUUGGCAUGAAUGUGUACCACAGUAAGAUGACGUGCAGUGCGCAAGACCCAGGUCCGUAGCUCAAAGGUCAAGGUCACACUUAGACUUUAAAGGAUAGUGCAUUGAUGGGCGUGUCCGGUCCAUAUCUUUGUCAUCGAUGGAUGGAUUUUCAAAUAACUUGGCAUGAAUGUGUACCACAGUAAGACGAUGUGUUGCGCGCAAGACCCAGCUCCGUAGGUCAAAGGUCAAGGUCACACUUAGACGUUAAAGAUCAUUUUUCAUGAUAGUGCAUUGAUGGGCAUGUCCGGUCCAUAUCUUUGUCAUUCAUGCAUGGAUUUUAAAAUAACUAUGCAUGAAUGUGUGACACAGUAAGACGAUGUGUUGCGCGCAAGACCCAGCUCCGUAGGUCAAAGGUCCUAAACUCGAACAUCGGCCAUAACUAUUCAUUCAAAGUGCCAUCGGGGGCAUGUGUCAUCCUACGGAGACAGCUCUUGUUCUAGAAUAAAACAUUUGUAUCUGGUAUGCUGAAUUGUGGUGCUAUAGUUUUUCUUGGACGUAGAAUGUAAUACUUAGUUUGACAUGAAAGUCUCAUUUAAUAUAAUAUGUAAUGAAGUUUAAAUGUUUAAAAAUGCAUUUAGAGGUUUUCCUCAGAUAAAAUACAGCUGUAAUAAUCUACCCUAGAUCUGUCCUUACAACAAGCAUGCGUUAUGUUCAGAUUUCAAACAUGUAAGAUCAUUAAUGGUCAACAUAUAUUUACUUUUUUUUUUUACAAAGAAAAUCCUUUUUAACGGUUAAUUAAGAAAUAAUAUAUCUCAUCCAGUGAUUUGUCGUUGAAUAAAUCAUUGUUCGGAGUUCAGAUGUGAAGGAAUUAUAUCACGAGGGCGCAGCUGAACGACGAAAAAUGAUUUAUUCAAGAGCAAAUCACUAAAUGAGAUAUAUUAUUUCGAUUCUAACACGUUACCAAGGAUUUUUAAGUACAUCCUUGACGUCAUUUAUUAAAUAUUUGCCCGUUUUCAAUUGGUUUCUUUUCCAGCGCACCGCUUUGCCAUUUGACGCUAUGAGGUAAUAAUUGUGAUGUCAGAACAGUGAUUUGUUGUAAAAUAAUUCACUGUUUUCAGCCUUCUUUGUUUUAUAGGAAAAUGAAUCGGAUCGUGUUAGAAUUGUUGAUAAUUCAAGAGUUUAAUUUGUGAAUUUCUAAAUUGUCUUUGAAUCCUUUUUUAUUGGGAACUUUCAUAUACUUAAACACUUUUAAGAAUUUUUGCCCAAUUUUGUAAUAGUGUAUUCUUCCAUUUGUCAUUUAGUUAAGCUCGCCACCAUUUGUAGAAAUACAGGCAUUAUUUAUUCAACUUUCAGCAUUUACAUCAAAACAACAGGGAUUUUCAUUUCCAUUACCAUUAUCUACAUCAGAUUACUAAGAAUUUCAGUUGCGUUUAUGCAUUAUAACAUCAAAUAAACAGGGAUUUUCAUUACCAUAACAACACUUAAUUACAUAUACAUUACAACAUCAAAUUCCCAACAGCACUUAAUUACAUUCAUCAACUUCAAAUUCCUAGGAAUUUUCUUUCCAUACAUACUUUAACAUUGAAUUCCUAGGACUUUUCUUUCCAUACAUACUUUAACAUUGAAUUCCUAGGACUUUUCUUUCCAUACAUACUUUAACAUUGAAUUCCUAGGAAUUUUCUUUCCAUACAUACUUCAAUAUUGAAUUCCUAGGAAUGUUCAUUACCAUACAAUUCUUCAUCACAUUCAUUGACGUCAAAUUGCCAGGAACUUUCAUGACCAUAACAACAUUUAAUUACGUAUAUUAACAUCAGAUUACUAGAAGUUUUCGUAUCCAUUACACAUUAAUAUCACGUACUCAGACAUCUAUUUGAGCCGCACCAUGAGAAAACCAACAUAGUGCAUUUGCAACCAGCAUGGAUCCAGACCAGCCUGAGCAUCCACACAGUCUGGUCAGGAUCCAUGCUGUUUGCUUUCAAAGCCUAUUACAAUUAGAGAAACUGUUAGCAAACAGCAUGGAUCCUGACCAGACUGCGUGGAUGCGCAGGCUGGUCUGGAUCCAUGCUGGUCGCAAAUGCACUAUGUUGGUUUUUCACAUGGUGGGCUCGUGUAUUUAUGUUUUUUGUGGGGUUGGGGGUGAGGGUUAAAGUUCCAACUGCCUAAUUGUGUUUGCUAGUGUUUUUUUCAAUGAGCAUGUCUUCUAUUUUAAAAAUUUUCAUGAUAUAAUUUUCAGCAUUGUAAUUUUCUUUUUUAAAUGUUAACUUUUAAUAGUGGCUGCUGUGACAAGAACAAUGUUGUUACAGAAUUAGAUAAUUAGGAUGGCAGGCAAGUCUUUCCUUAGCUUCUUGGUAUCCUUAGACAAAUUUUAUAUAUUCUUAUAUAUUGUUGAUAUAGUUGUUGAAAUAUUCUAACAUUCCAUUCUAUCUGUUUUAUCGGAAUGAAAAUUAAUGAUUUCCAAGUUUUACUUGCAUUUUAUUUGUACAUACAUGCUUCAAACAUAUUCUCCAUUCCCUGUUGCUAUUUUAAUCAAACUUGUAACAUUGUUUUAUUGUUAUCUGUGUGCCAAUUUCCAUUUAUGUAUGGAUUUUUGUGUUUUAAGUGAAACCUGUCUGAUCCUUCUUUUGAAUUCACAUUUCAGACUGUUGUUUAAAUGUGUUAUUUUUGUGGGUUUUUUUACAAGAAGAAACAAACCAGAACAUUAAGCAAUACCAACCUGUCCUUGUUAUUGGACAUAGAAGUUACAAUCACAGCUGUGCGGAAGCAAUAGAGUUUUGAGACCAGUAUGGAUCCAGAUCAGCCUGCAAAUCCUUGCAGUUGAAUCUGGAUCCAUGCUAUUUGCUUUUCAGUUACUGACAAGUGCUGAAAAUGAAAUGUAUGGAUCAUGUACAUGUAUACUGAUCUUGAUCCGGGCUGGUCACAAAGCCCUCGCAGCAACGCUUAUACAUGUAUAGUGCUUUUAGUUUAUACUAAUUUGUUUAAGCUAGAUUGUGGGACCUCCGUGGCCGAGUGGUUAAGGUCGCUGACUUCAAAUACUUGCCCUUCAUCGAUUUGGGUUCAAGCCUCACUCGGGGCAUUGAAUUCUUGAGAGGAAGCCAUCCAACUGGCUUACGAAAGGUCGGUGGUUUUACCCAGGUGCCCGCUUGUGAUGAAAUAAUGCACGGAGGGGCACCUGGGAUCUUCCUCCACCAUCAAAGCUGGAAAGUCGCCAUAUGACCUAGAAUUUUGUCGGUGUGACAUUAAACCCAACAAAAUAAAUAAAUAAAUAAUUUAUAAACCGACAUAGACUUAAAAGUGUAUUACGUCUGUGUCUAUAUCAGUGUAAAGUGCCAUAAAUCAGAAGUAAAUAUGUAGUACGGGUAAUGAUAGUUGGAUGUAGAAACUAUAUAAUCAGUGCACGAUCAUUUUGCUACUGUUUUUCCCAACGUCUUUAAUCCUUAACUUACAUUUGUUCUGUGUAGAUAGGUGAGGGGUAUGUUCUACUUGGCAAUUUGAUAAAAGACAUUGUAUCUGAAAUCCUUCAUCCUCCACCUCUGAAUCAUGAUGGGAAGUUGGCAGUUACUUGCGGAGAACAGGUUAGUACUGGUACAGAAUCCAGGAAUACUGGCAAGGUUAACUGCCCGUCAUUACAUAAUCAAAAUAUUGUCACCCAAAACAUAGGAAUCAUGACAGUAAUAUAUAAUUACCAAAAUUCAUUGCAGUUUCUUGUUGUUUCAUUACGUUAAUAAUUUUAGGACAAGGCAUCUUUUUAAAAUGAAAUAUUAUAAUGCAACAUUUGUUACCAUAUUACAAGUAUAAUCAAAAUUAGUAAAAAUAUGUUCAUUAUUAGAUUUUGUAUUUUUUCUGGAAACUGUUUAAAACGUGUUAUGAAUGAUAUUUCCAUGUUUUAACAAAUUCUAAUAUCAUAUUUAUUUCAUUAUGCAUUUUAUGUCCCCGCUUCAUUUUUGAAAAUUCAUGAAUAUGCAAAACAGUAUUUUAAAAACAUGUACAGUGCGUAGGGAAGUUUUCUUAGUAACUAAUUAAAACAAGUUUGUAUGUUUGUUUGCUUUAUUAGUGUAAUGUUUGUCAUCAUACAUUGAAAUAUAUUGCAAGUAGCUUUUCCUAUGCAAAAAUUGUGUAUGCUAUUUAUAUAAAAAAAAAUCCAAUGUUGUUUAUGUUACAAGACAGGCAAGGUUAGUACACUUGACUUGUCAGUUUGUUAAUCAGAGAAGUUUUAUGUGAAUUGGAAAUAAAUAUAUAUCUGCAAGUCCAUUG